AUGAAGUACAUCACCGAAUCUGCCCUGGUGGCUCUCACCGCCUUCUUUGGCCUUGCUUCCGCAGCACCGGCUGCUGAUAUCGAAUCCCGUUCGGUUUCUUGCACAGUCACCUCCUACACCAAUGUUGCUGCCGCCAAGAAGGCUUGCACCACUCUUGUUAUCGACAGCGUCGUUGUUCCUGCCGGAGACACCCUUGAUCUUACUGAUCUCCUUGACGGUACCAAGUUGACCUUCAAGGGCACUAUCACCUUCGGAUACAAGGAGUGGUCAGGUCCUUUGGUCUCCGUCUCUGGUUCCAAGAUCACCGUUGUUGGUGCUUCCGGAUCCAUGUUUGACGGUGAUGGUUCCAGAUGGUGGGACGGAGAGGGCAGCAACGGCGGAAAGACCAAGCCAAAGUUCUUCUACGCCCACAACCUUGAUGAUUCCACCAUCACCGGCGUCACUCUUAAGAACACCCCGGUCCAGGGCUUCUCAAUCAACAGUUCUUCGAACUUGAGCCUUAAGACCAUCACCAUCAACAACAAGGACGGUGACACUGAUGAGCUCGGCCACAACACUGAUGCUUUUGAUGUCGGCUCUUCUGACACCAUCACCAUUGACGGUGCCACCGUCUACAACCAGGAUGACUGCUUGGCUGUCAACUCCGGGACCAACAUCGUCUUCAAGAACGGAUACUGCUCAGGUGGUCACGGUAUCUCCAUCGGAUCCGUUGGUGGACGCAGUGACAACACCGUUGACACUGUCACCAUCAGUGACAGCACCAUCGUCGACUCCCAGAACGGUGUCCGCAUCAAAACCGUCUACGGUGCCACUGGUACGGUCAAGGGCGUUACCUACUCCGGAAUCACCUUGAAGGCCAUCACCAAGUACGGUAUUGUCAUUGAGCAGGAUUACGAGAACGGCUCUCCCACUGGAACCCCUACCACUGGUGUCCCCAUCACUGAUCUUACCAUCAGCAACGUUAAGGGUACCGUCAGCUCCUCUGGUACCGAUAUCUACAUUCUCUGUGGAUCAGGUGCUUGCAGCGACUGGUCUUGGUCUGGUGUCUCCAUCACUGGUGGAAAGACCUCUUCCAGCUGCAAGAACGUUCCUUCCCCUGCCAGCUGUUAA